UGUCUUCAGUGCAAGGAGUUCACCUUCCACACUGGCUACGAGGUCCUCGUACAGCGGCUGUUGGAUGGGAGGAAGAUGUGCAAAGAUGUGGAGGAUUUGCUCAAGCAGAGAGCACAAGCAGAAGAGAGAUAUGGGAAAGAGCUGAUUCAAAUCGCCCGAAAAGCAGGAGGACAAACAGAAAUCAACACACUGAAGGCAGCAUUUGAGAGGCUCAAGCAACAAAUCGAAAGUGUCGGAAACGCUCAUAUCCAGCUGGCAGUAAUGCUGAAGGAUGAACUGAAAGGAAUAGAGGAGUUCCGAGAAAGACAGAAGGAGCAAAGGAAAAAGUAUGAGUCUGCGAUGGAGCGCAUGCAAAAGAGCAAGUUGUCCCAUUAUAAGAAAACAAUGGAGUCAAAGAAGACCUACGAACAGAAGUGCAAGGAGGCGGAUGAAGCCGAGCAGUCCUUUGAACGGACAAGUGCUUCAGGCAACCAAAAGCAAACGGAAAAGAGUCAGAACAAAGCCAAGCAAUGCAGAGACGCGGCAAACGAAGCAGAGAACGUGUACAAACAGAACAUUGAGCAGCUGGAUAAGGUCAGGACAGAGUGGGAACAGGAACAUAUCAAAAUCUGCGAGGUCUUCCAGCUCCAGGAGUGCGACCGCAUCACCAUCCUCCGCAACUCGCUGUGGGUUCACUGCAACCAGCUCUCCAUGCAGUGUGUGAAGGAUGACGAGCUGUAUGAAGAGGUUCGGGUAAGCUUGGAGAACUGCGUUGUAGAGUCAGACAUAGACUACUUCAUUAAGACCAAAAUGACAGGAACACAACCUCCAGAUGCAAUAGGAUAUGAGAACUACUACAGCAGAGAACCAAACAGAAACAACAGCAGCCCAACCCAGUCUUGUGGAAUGAUGAAGAGAUUCUCUGGAUUACUGCAUGGAAGCAGCAAAAACAACAUGGAAAGUGUCACUCCUUCAGCUCCUCCCCUUGAGGAAACAGACCGAGUCUAUGCACCGAUUUUUGUAAAUGAACAAGCUGGAAUCACAUCAUCACAGGACUACAGAGUACUUUAUGACUACACAGCCCAGAACAUGGAUGAACUGGACAUCAGUGAAGGAGACAUUGUAGUUGUCAUUGAAGAAAAUGUGGAUGGCUGGUGGACAGCAGAAAGGAAUGGGCAGCGAGGCUUUGUGCCAGGGUCUUAUCUUGAAAAGCUUUGA